GUGUGACCAGCAGCCCUGGGAUCAAGUCCCCCAUCACCAUCAUCACCACCAAGGUCAUGACCUCAGGCACAGGCGCCCCCGCCAAGAUCAUCACGGCAGUGCCCAAGCUGGGAACGGCCCACGGGCAGCAGGGCGUCACGCAGGUGGUCCUGAAGGGCGCGCCUGGCCAGCCCGGCACCAUCCUGCGCACCGUGCCCAUGGGCGGCGUGCGGCUGGUCACGCCCGUCACCGUCUCCGCCGUCAAGCCCACCGUCACCACGCUGGUGGUGAAAGGAACCACGGGUGUCACCACCUUGGGCACCGUGACGGGCACCGUCUCCACCAGCCUGGCCGGCGCAGGGGGCCACAGCACCAAUGCCUCCCUGGCCACGCCCAUCACCACGCUGGGAACCAUCGCCACCCUGUCGAGCCAGGUGAUCAACCCGGCCGCCAUCACCGUCUCCGCCGCGCAGACCACCAUGACAGCCGCCAGCGGGCUGGGCACACCCACCAUCACCAUGCAGCCCGUCUCCCAGCCCACGCAGGUGACGCUGAUCACGACGCCCAGCGGGGUGGAUGCUCAGCCGGUGCAUGACCUGCCAGUCUCCAUCCUGGCCUCGCCCACCACGGAGCAGCCCACGGCCACGGUGACCAUCGCUGACGUGGGGCAGGGCGACCCGCAGCCCGGCACCGUCACCCUGGUGUGCUCCAACCCGCCCUGCGAGACCCAUGAGACCGGCACCACCAACACUGCCACCGCCACCGUCGUGGCCAACGUGGGCGGCCUGACCCAGCCUGUGCACUUUGUGUGCGAGGGCCAGGAGACCGGGCAGCCCAACGGCGGGUUAGUGCGCGUCUGUUCCAACCCCCCGUGUGAGACGCACGAGACGGGCACCACCCACACGGCCACCACUGCCACAUCCAGCAUGGGCGCCGGACGAGUGUGCAGCAACCCCCCGUGCGAGACGCACGAGACAGGCACAACCAACACGGCUACCACAGCCACGUCCAGCAUGGGUGCCGGACGAGUGUGCAGCAACCCCCCGUGUGAGACGCAUGAGACGGGCACCACCAACACGGCCACCACUGCCACAUCCAGCAUGGGCGCCGGACGAGUGUGCAGCAACCCCCCAUGCGAGACGCACGAGACGGGCACCACCAACACGGCCACCACGGCCACAUCCAGCAUGGGCGCCGGGCGAGUGUGCACUAACCCUCCGUGCGAGACGCACGAGACGGGCACCACCAACACGGCCACCACGGCCACGUCCAGCAUGGGUGCCGAACGAGCGUGCAGCAAUCCCCUGUGUGAGACGCACGAGACGGGCACCACCAACACAGCUACCACGGCCCGGUCGUUCAUGGGGCGGGGGCAAGCUGAUGGCAGCCUGGUAGCCCCGCCCAACCCGCCGUGCCAAACGCAGCACACCAGUGCCACCGGCACCACGAUGUCGGCAAAAGCCGGUGUGCCCACAGAGCAGCCGUGCAGCACCAGGAUGGCAAAUCCACCCCCGGCGGUGCCUGGCACCAACGCACAAUCCCCGGCGCCGGCUGGCCGGCCCUGUGAGGCUCACCAGACCCACACCACCAACACCGCCACCACGGCCCGGUCGCUCAUGGGCCGGGGGCAGCCGGAUGGUGGGCCAGGGGCAGCCGAGGGCCCCCCGUGCCAAACCCAACAGACUUGUGCCACUCACACAACCAUGUCGGCCAAAGCGGACGUGCCCACAGAGCAGCCAUGCAGCGUGAGGAUGGUUGCGCCGGACACGGAGGCCGGUCAGCGAGCGCAUGUCAAUGACUCUUGUGAAACGGGCACCACGGCCACGUCGAGCUUGGGCACCAGGCGAGCGUGCACGGAGCCCCCAUGCGAGACCCACGAGACAGGCACCACCACCACAGUCACGUCGAACAUUGGCGCCGGGCGAGUGUGCAGCAACCCCCCUUGCGAGACCCACGAGACAGGCACCACCACCACAGCCACGUCGAACAUGGACGCCGGGCGAGCAUGCAGCAACCCCUCGUGUGAGACACACGAGAUGGGCACCACCACCACAGCCACGUCGAGCAUGGGCACCAGGCAACCGUGCACAGAGCCCCCGUGCGAGACCCACAAGACAGGCACCACUACCACAGCCAUGUCGAACAUGGGCACUGGGCGAGCAUGCAGCAAUCUCCUGUGUGAGACGGGCACAACUAACACGGCGACCACUGCCACAUCCAGCAUGGGCGCCGGGCAAGUGUGCAGCAACCCCCCGUGCGAGACGCACGAGACAGGCACCACUAACACGGCGACCACUGCCACAUCCAGCAUGGGCGCCGGGCAAGUGUGCAGCAACCCCCCGUGCGAGACGCACGAGACGGGCACCACCAACACGGCCACCACGGCCACAUGUAACGUGGGGACGGGCCAGGCUGAGGGGGCCCAGCACGCCCCUGCCAGCGCGCCCUGUGAGACGCAGCCGACCACGGCCACCGGCACCACCAUGACGGCCAGCAUGGGGGGAGCUGGGGCCGAGCCCCCCUCCUCUGCCCCCCAGGAGAUGGGGGGGGCAGGGCCCAGCCAGCCCCAGUCGCCUCCCACAAACCCAGCCCCACGCGUCUGCUCCAACCCCCCCUGCGAGACCCAUGAGACGGGCACAACCCACACGGCCACCACUGUGACCUCCAGCAUGGGUGCCAACCACGGUGAGCACGGGGGGCAGGGCAUGGGGCCUGUCUCCUGGAGGGGCUCUGACUCUGAUCCGCCCCAUGGCUGUCCGCUCUAG